AUGGCUCAGCCACAACACUUCAUUGCCACUUCGGGCGCCAAGGACUCGGUCUGGGUUCAUACGGACCCCUACUCGCAGCGUCCACGCUUUCCCAAACUCACUCGAGAUCUUCAAGCUGAGGUAUGUGUUGUUGGCUCUGGCAUCGCUGGUGUUUCUACUGCGUACGAGCUGGUUUCUCGAGGCGUAAGCGUUGUCAUGCUCGAAGCUAGAGACGUCGUCUCGGGCGAAUCAGGAAGAACAAGCGGCCACCUGUCCACUGAUGGUUUCGUUGACAUUGCCAAGAAGCAUGGAAAUGAUGGAGCCAAGGCUGUUGCCGAAAGUUAUUCAUGGGCCAUCAAGCGUGUCGGUGAAAUCUCUUCAAAGCUAGGCGUUGACUGCGAGUACCGACAACUACCGGCAUACCACAUCUCGCAGUAUGCCAGGAGCGACGAAAGUCAUGCGAAAGAGGUAGAAUCUCUUAAAAAAGAAGUGUCCAAGGCGGGAGAGCUCGGGUUGUCCGCGUCUUUUGAAGAGGGUUACGCUAUCAAAGGUUGGGAUGGUAAGAUCGACCAACGAGAUGCGGCAGUCUUCAACCAACAAGCUACAUUCCAUCCCACCAAAUAUAUUAAAGGCGUUCUUGCUUGGCUCUCCGAGCAGUCCAACUUCACGUGCUUCACACGCACACGAGUCAUGUCGAUUGAAGAGAAAGGCGUGGAAAUAUUGGGCAUUGGCUCGAAAGAUGUACGCGUGAGCACCUUAGAUGGGCAUACUAUCAUCUGCGAGAAUGCAGUCGAGGCCACUUGUAUUCCAUUGCAAAAGCUCAGCGUUGUUGCGCAAUUGGAGUUCAUGCGGACAUAUUGCAUUGCGAUCCGGGUACCGAAAGGCUACAUUGAAGACUGUCUUAUCUACGACGUGGCCAGUCCCUAUCGCUACGUACGACUUACUGCUUGUGACGAGGAAGAUGACUAUCUAGUCGUAGGUGGCUGCGACCAUAAAGUGGGUCAGGAAGACGAGAAUGGUCGUUUCAACGAGUUGGAAGAUUGGACUCGCCAAAGAUUCACAAAAGCUAAAACAGUCGAUUACAAGUGGUCCGGUCAAGUACUAGAGCCUGUAGACCAUGUCGCCAUGAUCGGCCUUAAUCAAGGAAACUCGCACAUCUACAUCGCAACCGGCGAUGCUGGCAAUGGCCUGGUUCACUACGUCCUCGGAGGGAAACUUAUCGCCGACCUCAUCACCAAAACCCCCAACUCCUGGAGCUCCGUCUACUCUCCGAAACGCCUCGCCAGUAUCGCGUCCAGCCUACCGAGCAUGAUCAGCCACGAUGUCCAAAUCAACGCUCAAUACAAGCGUUUCCUGCAGAGCGACAUCUCCGACAUUGAAGACCUAGCACCUGGCACAGGGGGUGUGCUGAACACCAAAACGAGCAAACCCGUAGCCGUGUAUAAAGAUGGCGAAGGCAAAGUGAGCACAUUCUCGGCCUUGUGCCCGCAUUUGAAAGGGGUGGUGUGUUGGAAUGGGACGGAGGAGAGUUGGGAUUGUCCGAUUCAUGGCAGUCGGUUUUCGAAAGACGGGGUGCAGGUUAUGGGUCCUGCGAAAGCGGGACUGGGGCCUGUAGAUAAGGAGGGUGAGGUCAGACAGCAACAGGCUGUUCAGGGAUGA